CAGGACGGCGGGAGUCCCGAGUGCGAACGUUUACGAGAAUCAAGGCACGGAGGCCGCGAUGGCGAACCCUCCUUGGGCUGAGAUCCGGGAGAAAUUCCAGGCGGCGCUAGCCCUGUCGCGGGUGGAACUGCAUAAAAACCCAGAGAAGGAGCCGUACAAGUCCAAAUACAGCGCCCGAGCGCUGCUGGAAGAGGUCAAGGCGCUGCUCGGCCCCGCGCCUGAGGAGGAGGAGGAACGGCCUCCGGUUGACGACGCCUUGGGCGAAGGGGACCACGCCCUGGGGCUGCCCGCCGAAGUGGUGGAGGCCGAGGGGCCCAUCGCCCAACGGGCGGUGAGACUGGCGGUUAUUGAAUUCCAUCUCGGGGUGAACCAUAUCGAUACAGAAGAGCUGUCUGCGGGGGAGGAGCAUCUGGUGAAAUGCCUGAGGCUGCUGCGCACGUACCGGCUCUCGCACGAUUGCGUCUCCCUCUACAUCCAGGCGCAGAAUAACCUAGGUAUCUUAUGGUCUGAAAGAGAGGAAAUUGAAACUGCGCAAGCUUAUCUUGAAUCAUCAGAAGCAUUAUAUAAUCAGUAUAUGAAAGAGAUUGGGAGUUCUCCUCUUGAUCCUACUGAGCAUUUUCUUCCGGAAGAAGAGAAACUUACUGAACAAGAGCGAUCAAAAAGAUUUGAGAAGGUUUAUACUCAUAAUCUAUAUUACCUGGCUCAAGUCUACCAGCAUAUGGAAAUGUUUGAGAAGGCUGCUCAUUAUUGCCACAGUACCUUAAAACGCCAGCUUGAGCACAAUGCCUACCAUCCCAUAGAGUGGGCUAUUAAUGCUGCUACCUUGUCACAAUUUUACAUCAAUAAGCUAUGCUUUAUGGAGGCCAGGCACUGUUUAUCAGCUGCUAAUGUCAUUUUUGGUCAAACUGGAAAGAUCCUAACCACAGAAGACACUACUGAAACUGAAGGAGAAAUACCAGAGCUUUAUCAUCAAAGAAAAGGGGAGAUAGCAAGAUGCUGGAUCAAAUACUGUUUGACUCUCAUGCAGAAUGCCCAACUUUCCAUGCAGGACAGCAUAGGAGAGCUUGAUCUUGAUAAACAAUCUGAACUUAGAGCUUUAAGGAAAAAAGAACUAGAAGAAGAAGAAAAUGUUAGGAAGAAAGCUGUGCAGUUUGGAACCGGUGAAUUGUGUGAUGCCAUUUCUGCAGUGGAAGAGAAAGUGAGCUAUUUGAGACCUUUAGAUUUUGAAGAAGCCAGAGAACUUUUCUUAUUGGGUCAGCACUAUGUCUUUGAGGCAAAAGAGUUCUUUCAGAUUGACGGUUAUGUCACUGACCAUAUUGAAGUUGUCCAGGACCACAGUGCCCUGUUUAAGGUGCUUGCAUUCUUUGAAACUGACAUGGAGAGACGGUGCAAGAUGCAUAAACGUAGAAUAGCCAUGUUAGAGCCCCUAAUUGUAGAUCUGAAUCCUCAGUAUUAUCUGUUGGUCAACAGACAAAUUCAGUUUGAAAUUGCACAUGCUUACUAUGAUAUGAUGGAUUUGAAGGUUGCCAUUGCUGACAAGUUAAGGGAUCCUGAUUCACACAUCGUAAAAAAAAUAAAUAAUCUUAAUAAGUCAGCACUGAAAUACUACCAGCUCUUCUUAGACUCCCUGAGAGACCCAAAUAAAGUAUUUCCUGAGCACAUAGGGGAAGAUGUUCUUCGCCCUGCUAUGUUAGCUAAGUUUCGCGUUGCCCGUCUCUAUGGUAAAAUCAUCACCGCAGAUCCCAAGAAAGAGCUAGAAAACCUGGCAACAUCAUUGGAACAUUACAAAUUUAUCGUUGAUUACUGUGAAAAACAUCCUGAGGCUGCCCAGGAAAUAGAAGUUGAACUAGAACUUAGUAAAGAGAUGGUGAGUCUUCUUCCAACAAAAAUGGAGAGAUUCAGAACCAAGUUGGCCCUGACUUAAUCUUUAUUUUUAAGGAAAGGAAAUGUGCAAUAUUGAAGUGAUUCUUUUCCUUAGGCAAGCAGGCCCAAUAUCAUUGUGAUAAUAACCUUUAUAGCCAUAGGAGUGCAAUUUGAACUUGAGAGCAGUUGAAUUUUUGCUAGGACCUUAAUUAACGUAAAGCUAAUAAUUUACACCUAAUUAUGUAAAUUGCUGUGUUAAAAUAAUGUGAUUGGUAUUUUAGUUUGUUUCCUAUACUUAAAUAUCAGAGUUUCCUGCCUCAGUUUCUAAAUGUAGGAUCUUUGUUGGCUAGCACUUGGUGGACUUUUUAUGAGGAAAAAUGCUGGUAGACAAGACUGUUACUAAAUUAAAAUUGAAAAAGUAACUUCCUGUAGUUAUUCUUUCCAAAAUAUUUACUUUCUUAAAUUCCCAAGUAAAUCUUUUCCUUUUGAAAAUAUUAAAAACUAAGUUAUGUUUAUUUUGUCUGUUGUAAAGUGGUUUGUUUCAGUUAAAGGGUCAAAAAAGGCCUUUUUGAAAUAAAUUAAAUUGACUUGUUU